GGGGGAAACUUUGAGAUGAUAGCGUACUUUGGGUGGGACAUAGGCCUUUGGCCUAUUUAAAGUUUAGAACUUCAUAGGGUUGAUAAAAAUUGUCAUCAUAGAUGUUAAAGUGGGUAAAUUAAGUUUUAGGGGAUUAUUGAUGUUAUAUCAAACAAUGAGUUUCAACGUGACUAAAGUAUAAUACUCAGAUCUGUUUUCAGUUUAAUCUCAGCUUCACAAUAGCCGAAUUGAGCUGUGCAUGUUUGUUUGCAGCCCUAUCUUCUAAGCAAUCUAUAUGUCAUUUCGUCAAUUGGGAUAAGAGUCUUAUGUUAUGGAGUUAAAGUGAUCAUGUCGACUUUUGAUAGAUAUCAAAUAAGUUAAAUUUUAGAUCGAGUGACUUCAAUAACCAUUACAUGACGUAAGACAACAAGAGGAAGUUGCUCCGGCAAUAUUAAAGGUUUGGCAGGAAUUGGAAACUAUUUUCAUGACUCUGUGAUAAACUUUUUGCAGGCUUAUGUAAAUUACAGGCCCUUAUAAGUGUCUAAAGAUAUUGCUGCAAAAAAAUUCAAUAAAAUACACACUGAAAUAGUGAAAUAAAUAGUCUUCUCGAUUUGUGCAAUUAUUGUCAGUGAACCGUCUGGGUAAGGAACCCAGUUCAUUGUUUAAUCCUAACUGCUAUUCAUUAAUUCCUCACCGUCUUCCAAGUUCCAGAUGGCCUCAUUUACCAUAUAAACUCAAUGCUCUUCACGCCUUACUUGCAUUUAAUAUUACAGAGGCAAAGAAACCCGUUUUCAUCCCAGAAGAAAAAAAAGAUUUAUAUCUCUCAACUGGGUACAUUGAUAGACAGGAAAAUGAUUAAGUUCUGGGUUCUGUUCUUGGUGGCUGAGGCAGCCUGCAUGUUCCUGAUUGUCAGUGCUUCUUCAACUCAUGAUAUGGAAUUCUCAAUCAGUGGCAAAAGUGUGACAGCAGUUACAUCAGGCAGUCAGCCGAAGGAGGAAAGUAAUUCUCGGAGGAGAAUUAACCAGGACUACAUGAACUUGGAGGAUUACCAGCCUGUUGAUCCAAUUCCAAGGUCAUCAGCUACGAUAACAUCUGGAGCGAUUGAGCAUGGCUCUCCUGUCAUGCCUUGCAUUCCAAAGCUGACCCCUCCAAAUAGUCCCCAGCACCCUGAUUAUGGCUCACCUUCGCCUCCUCCGCCAGCUUAAAACUUUCAGUGAAGGAAUUCGAUCCACUGUGAAAUGUCUAUGCCAUAUUAGGAUAAUAAUUAGCUUUUCAAUUGUUUAACUUUAUAAAGGAUUCACGCUCAGUCUGCUGUAUUAAUUUAUUUCUUGAGUUGAUGCAUAUUAUUAAUCUGUUCUUUCAGCAUUAUGUAUCUUGCUGUAUGCAUACCGAGAUUAUUUUAUCCUUCAUUCGCCAGUUAGUUAAUGAUCAUAUUGAUCUGAAUUUACGUA